AUGUCCCUCCCCCGCGUGGGUAUCUGCGGCCUCGGCGCUAUGGGCAUCGGGAUGGCAAGAAACCUUCUAAAGCACGGAUUCAAAGUAUCAGGUUACGACAUCGUCCCAGCACUCGUUGAACGUUCUGUCCAGAGCGGCGCGACCGCGGCCGCAAGUCCCAAGACAGCCGUAGAGAACGCCGACAUCCUACUAGUCAUCGUCGUGAAUUCUACCCAAGUCUCUUCUGUGCUUUUCGGGGAGGACACUGGGGCCAUCCACGGCCUUAAAAGGGAUGCUGCUAUUAUAAUCUCGUCAACCGUUCCAGGCAGUUAUGUUCGGGAGGUGCGUCGCCGGCUUGACACCGAGUUCGCACGACCAGAUAUCCGCCUGUUGGACUGCCCGGUCUCCGGGGGUGCGUCUGGUGCUGCGGAUGGGACACUUACUGUCUUUGCGUGUGGUACUGACGGGGGAAUGUCCUUUGUGGACCCAGUCCUGCAGUCCUUCAGCUCCAAGAUAUACCGGAUCAAGAAUAGGGACGGGUAUUUUGGGGACACCGGGUCCGGCGCCAACGGCAAAGUGUGCCAUCAGGUCAUCCCUGAAAUAGCCAUUGCUCUCGUCGCGGAGAUCCUAGCGCUUGCUGUUCGGGCAGGCCUGAAUACGCGGGAAGUCUACGAUUAUAUCCAGGCCAGUGAGGCCGCCAGUUGGAUCAUGAGGAACCGCGCUCCACACGCCCUGGAAGGCGACGAGACGGUUUACUCGGCUAUGACCAACAGCCAGAAGGACUCGUCCAUUAUUGUCCGUUCUGCAGCGGAAAAGUCAUUCCCUGUACCGCUUGUUGCGAUGGCUGAGCAGGUGUAUCAAACAGCAGUGUAUAUCGGCUGGCCGGGGAUGGAUGACUCUGCUCUUUGGAGGCUGUUUCUUCGUGAAUCACCAGCCGAUGCUGUGUACCGGCAGACGGAGAUCCACAACGGCGAACAGAAGCCUGCUUUUGAGCUGCAAGAUAUUGCUGAUAUCAUGAACGGAGUCCAUCUGGCAGCCACUGCCGAGUCGAAGGGCUUCACAGAGGCAAUGGGCCUGAAUGCUGAACAGAUGUACGAGAUUGUAUGUGGAGCUGCUGGGUGGAAUGUGCAGUUUGAGCAGUAUGGGCCCAGAAUCAACAAGGGUCCCUGGUAUCUGCGGGAAAUCCCUGAGGCGAACCAAAUUGGCCUCAACCUGGCCAAGGCAGUCGCAAGGGCUAGUGCUAUCGGUGCACCCCUACCUAUCUCAGGAGCAGCAGUUCAAGUAUUUCGGUUGCAGCUAGACCUUUCAGUCUAG